AUGGCAUCAAAGGCUACUGAAUGCUGGUCACUUCUACUUAUCUUCUUUUCUAUGCAACAUACAUACGGGAGUGGAAAGACAUUUAUCGGUCCUUGCGGAGGAAGAAAUUGCUCCAUUUACCACUGCAUUCCUGAAAAGGGGUCUCGGGGUCGAGCCGGACCACCAGGGCCACAGGGCCCAAUUGGGUCCCUGGGACUGCCAGGACCCAUUGGGCUUCCAGGAGAGAAGGGGUUAAGAGGUGACAGUGGCCGCCCAGGAGCAGUGGGGGACAAAGGAGACAAGGGUCCAACUGGUGUUCCUGGGUUUCCUGGUUUGGAUGGUAUACCUGGUCACCCAGGGCCUCCUGGACCCAGAGGCAAACCUGGUGCUGAUGGCUGUAAAGGCUUAAGAGGUGAUCCGGGGUUUCCAGGAGACAGAGGACCUCGUGACCCCCAGGGCCCCCCAGGCCUUCCUGGGGAACGUGGAGAAAAAGGAGAUUCUGUAUUCGUAUUUGGUGCCAUUAAAGGUAUUCAGGGAGACAGAGGGGAGCCAGGACUUCCAGGAUUACCAGGAUCUAGGGGUGCAAGAGGCCCUUCAGGUCCCAUAGGCUAUCCAGGAGAGCCAGGACCCACUGGACUGCCAGGCCAGAGUGGGAGCCCAGGCUUGAAGGGCAAUCCUGGUAUAGGAGUAAAAGGGCAGAUGGGAGACCCGGGUGAUGUAGGCCUGCGGGGCUCCCCUGGACAGACUCUAUUGGUACAACCACCUGAUUAUUAUCUCUAUAAAGGAGAAAAGGGUAUAAAAGGAAUGCCCGGGAUGACUGGACCACCAGGACCACCAGGACCCAAGGGUGAAACUGGCAUCGGACCCAAAGGAGAGAAAGGCAUUCCAGGAUUCCCAGGACCUCAGGGUAGCCCUGGUUCUUAUGGAGCUCCGGGUUUUCCAGGAUUAAAGGGGGAGCCAGGACUGCCUGGAGAACCAGGACCAUUUGGAUUUCCUGGCCCAAAGGGAGAUCCUGGUGAGCGUGGAUACCCUGGACCACCAGGUGCUUUGAUGACUCCUCCUCCUCCAUUCAAAGGUCCUCCAGGGGAUCCAGGUCUCCCUGGCCGCUAUGGAGAAAUGGGGGAUAUAGGACCACCUGGUCCCCCAGGCCUACCAGGUAGACCAGGGGAAGCCUGCCCAGGCCUGAUGGGACCACCUGGACCACAAGGUCUUCCUGGUCAUCCUGGACAUCCAGGGGCUGCUGGAAUUCCUGGGAAGGUGACUUAUGCUCCAGGAAAACCAGGGAAACCUGGGCCACCUGGGCUGCCUGGAGAACCAGGGCUGCAGGGAGAGCCAGGAUCAAAUGUUAUCUAUUGUAGAAUUGGAGACCCAGGACCACCAGGAACAAAAGGCAAAAUGGGUUUUCCAGGAAGAAGAGGUCCCAAAGGAGAAAAAGGAAACAAGGGGUUCUGUGACUGUGAACCAUGUCCCCCAGGUCCUCCAGGCCCCCCAGGAUGUCCUGGGAGACAUGGCAGGAAAGGAGACUCAGGACCCCCUGGGCAGUUUGGAGAAAAAGGUGUUCCAGGACCUCCUGGUGCUGAAGGACCUCCAGGACUACCUGGAAAACCUGGUGCCUCAGGACCUCCUGGCAGCAAGGGAGAAAAGGGGGAUAUGGUUGUUUCAAGAGUUAAAGGGCGCAAAGGAGAAAGAGGUCCUGAUGGACUCCCAGGAAUUCCAGGACAGCAAGGACAACCUGGUCAGGAUGGAUAUGAAGGAGAAAAGGGAGAUCCAGGACCCCCAGGGGAUCAUGAAGAUGCAACACCAGGUGAUCAAGGGUUUCCUGGGCCUCCAGGGCUUCCAGGAAGAACGGGUCCCAGGGGGCCACCAGGUUUGGGAUAUCCAGGUCCACCUGGCCAAAGAGGACCACCAGGAGCUCCAGGCCACCCAGGACAGAGGGGACCUGAAGGCAUAAAGGGUCUGAAAGGUGGUACAAUUCCUUGUGAUGUGAGCUACCCUGGGGAACCAGGUCCACCUGGUAUGGAUGGCCCUCAAGGUCUAAAAGGAUUUCCAGGACCUAGGGGAACUCCUGGGCUCAGGUGUUUCGAUGGACCAAAAGGUCGACCCGGCAAACCAGGACUAUCAGGCAUACCUGGCCCACCUGGUGUUCGUGGUGACAUGGGAGAUCCAGGAUUUGAAGGGGAACAGGGGCCCUCCCCUAGGGGCCCCCCAGGCCUUCCUGGUUUACCUGGAGCAAAUGGGCAGAAAGGUAUCCCUGGAGACCCUGCUUCUGGUCUCCCAGGGCCCCCAGGAAAGAAGGGUCUAUCAGGAGUGCCUGGGGUGAAAGGACACAGAGGUGAUCUAGGAUGCCCGGGGACUGCAGGGCUACCUGGCAUGCCUGGGUUCCCAGGUCUCAAAGGUCCCAAAGGCAAAGAAGGAAGUGCUGGGUUUCCAGGCAUCUCAGGUGACCCCGGCAGUUCCUGUGGAAGAGGUAUUCCAGGAAGACCAGGGCAAGCCGGACACCCUGGGGCUCCUGGAAGUCCAGGUGCACCUGGUUGGAAAGGGGAGCGAGGGGAUAGGGGUCCCCCUGGACCAGCUGGAAUGAAGGGGCUGCCUGGAAUACCUGGAGAGCCAGGAGAAAAAGGACCCGUGGGGCUGCCAGGGGUCCCAGGACCCUCUGGGGAUGAUGGACUACCUGGUCUUCAAGGCCCAAAGGGACCUCAGGGGCUGCCUGGUUUUCCAGGCUUUCCAGGAGAGAGAGGAAAACCUGGGCCCAAUGGAACAUUUGGAAGAAAAGGUGAACCUGGAGAGAAAGGUUGGCCUGGCCCCCAGGGUCACCCAGGAGUUAGAGGUGCCAAAGGAUCAAGAGGACCCCCGGGAGAUGAAGGAGAAAUUACUAUAAUUUCUAAAAUGGGUCAAACUGGGGAACCUGGACCACCAGGAGAUGAUGGCUUCUCAGGAAAAGAAGGUGAUAAAGGCAGCCCUGGCAUGCAAGGGAAGAGAGGAGAGCCAGGAAGUAUGGGACCCCCUGGAAUUCACAAAGGGAAGCCCGGAAGAAGUGGGCAGCCAGGGAUUCCUGGACAACCAGGCCCUCCAGGCUCACCUGGACUAAGAGGAAUCAUCGGUUUUCCAGGAUAUCCAGGUGACCAGGGUGAUCCAGGUUGUCCAGGGCUCCCUGGACUUGCAGGAAUGGAUGGAACCCAAGGACCUAAAGGAAACAAGGGUGACCCUGCAAAGUAUUGUGGUGCCCCAGGGCCAAAGGGUGAGCCAGGAGCCCCUGGAUGUCCAGGACAUCCCGGAGAACCUGGAGAUCGGGGCUUACCUGGUGUUCAAGGGCCUGGAGGACCACCUGGAAUGCCAGGACCACCUGGCUUCUUAGGACCACCAGGGUGUCCAGGUAAUCCAGGAAUGCCUGGCCAGGAAGGACAUCCAGGAGCAAUGGGGGAUCCUGGGCCAAGAGGUAACAUGGGCGAUCCAGGGAUACCUGGUCUUCCUGGAAUAAAAGGUCCCCCUGGGUCACCAGGUCAGAAUGGCUUGCAUGGCUUGAAGGGCCAGAAAGGAUCCAAAGGUUCUUCAGGUUUGCAUGAAAUUGGUCCACCCGGCCCCAUGGGCACACCUGGGCAGAAAGGAGAGCCAGGAGAUCAAGGGAGCCCAGGAAUUUCUCCCCCUGGCCUUUUUGGAGAAAAAGGACCCCCUGGUCCUCCAGGAAACCGUGGACCACCUGGUCCCACAGGCAGCCCAGGGAGAGAUGCUGAGGGGCUCAUUCCUGACUCCGGCUCACCUGGAAAUCGGGGACCUCCUGGCCCUGACGGAGCUAGAGGACCCCCUGGACUUCCUGGUGCCCCUGGGAGUGUUGACCUUCUGAAAGGGGAACCAGGUGAUUGUGGCCUGCCAGGGCUACCUGGUCCCCCAGGCCCACCAGGACCUCCAGGAUAUAAAGGUUUCCCAGGAUGUGAUGGAAAAGAUGGCCAGAAAGGACCUAUGGGAUUCCCGGGGCCACAAGGACCACCUGGACUUCCAGGCUUACCUGGAGAAAAGGGCUUACCUGGGAUCCCAGGUUUACCAGGACCCCCUGGACCUCCAGGUAAACCUGGACCACCUGCAGACUUGGAUUCCUGCCCCCGAAUUCCAGGUCUUCCUGGGGUACCAGGCCCAAGAGGUCCAGAAGGAACCAUGGGCCCCUCUGGUACAAGAGGACCUCCAGGACCAGGUUGCAAAGGGGAGCCAGGCCUGGAUGGCAGAAGGGGCAAGGAUGGCAUCCCUGGGUCUCCUGGGCCUCCAGGACACAGAGGGGACCCUGGUGAGGCAGGCUGUCCUGGAUCAGCAGGACCUCCUGGGCCCACUGGGGAUGUUGGACCCCCAGGGCUCAGUUCUGGAUUCAUCAGCGGCUUCCUUCUGGUCCUGCACAGUCAGACUGACCAAGAACCCAUGUGCCCAGCAGGCAUGCCCCAGCUCUGGACUGGUUACAGCCUGCUAUUCCUGGAAGGGCAAGAGAAGGCUCACAACCAGGAUCUUGGACUGGCAGGGUCUUGCCUUCCAAUGUUCAGCACGUUGCCUUUUGCCUACUGCAACAUCCACCAAGUGUGCCACUAUGCCCGGAGGAAUGACAAAUCCUACUGGCUGGCCAGUGCAGCGCCCCUGCCUUCUGCCCCACUCUCUGAGGAGGCCAUCCGCCCCUACAUCAGCCGCUGUGCUGUGUGUGAGUCUCCGGCUCCCGCAGUGGCAGUGCACAGCCAGGACCAAACCAUCCCCCCAUGCCCAGACAACUGGACCAGCCUCUGGAUUGGGUACUCCUUCCUGAUGCACACAGGAGCUGGAGCCGAAGGUGGUGGACAGGCCCUCAUGUCCCCUGGCAGCUGCCUGGAAGACUUCAGGACAGCCCCCUUCAUCGAGUGCCAAGGCCGGCAGGGCACGUGCCACUUCUUUGCCAAUGAGUACAGUUUCUGGCUCAGCACAGUGAGCGCAGACACACAAUUUUCUUUGGCACCAUCCCCGGACAUUUUGAAGACAGGCCAGGCCCAGCGCCAGAAGGUCAGCCGGUGUCAGGUGUGCAUGAGAUCGAACUAG